AUGGCGUCGGACCUUAUCACGUACGUGUCGACGCUGCUGCCGAGCGCCAAUUUCGCCGACGUGCUCGAUGACUCUGCUACGAAGAAAGACGUGUCGCUUGUCCUCGCAACUGUAGGCGCCAAGUUACCGCAGCUAUUGGCGCUAGAGGCCGAGACCGACGUCGAAGGAGCUUUUUCGCUGCUAUUUGACGUGGCAAUGCUCGCUUCGAAGCCUGAAGUCGAGUUCCUGUCCAUUCUACAGACGCUGCAAGACGAGACCAACGCCAGUAGUGUCCUACGUCUUCGUCUUCUGGCCGACUUGUUCAACAAAGCCAAGCGGCUGCCCAAAGUGCAGCUCCAGACGCUCUUGGCAAUCCUGUCGCUCGCCAAGAGCUCUGAGAAUGUGCAUCUCGUUGAUCCAUACUUAACCCAAGUGGAGACGUUGGUGAACACGGGUAGUCUCAACCCAGCGGACCGCCGAGCGUUGCUCCUGGCGGUGGCGAAUGUCCUCGACGAGAGUCCGGAGAAAAAGCUCAAGGUGCUCUGCGUGCUUGAAAAGUACCUGGCGACGUACGAAGAGGGCGAGACAGACAAGGAGCAGACGCUGCGGGCGUGUAAGAUGGUGCUGCAGAACCCAGUUGCGUGCUUUCUCGCGCGCGUGGACUUGGCUGCUCUGCCUGUUGUCAAGGCCUCGUUACAUAGCGAUCCGCUGUAUGAUCUGCUGGACAUUGUGUCGACCAAGACGUUGAAAGAGUUCACCGCGUUCCAGAGCAGUGUAACGAGUGUGUUUACGGACAAUGGACUUGACGAAGUCAAAGUGGCUGAUGCCAUGCGUCUAUUCACGCUGUGCACGUUACCUACAGGAUUCCAGGAGAUCUCGUACGCUGACGUGGCGAUGGCAUUAGACGUGGACGAACGUGAUGUGGAGCAAUGGGUCGUGCGUGCCAUUACGACUGGACUCGUCAGUGCCAAGAUCGACCAACUUGCUCGUACGGUGACGAUCUCGCGCUCGCUACAUCGUCGUUUCGGAGACGACCAGUGGAAGGAGGUGCAUACAAAGCUGCAACUGUACAAGAAAAACGUUGGCGGUUUGCUGGAUAUUAUCAGGAACGCCCGUCGUGCUCAGGUGCUGUAG